AUGAAGAGCACAAUCCUAGCAGUUCUCCUUCUCUGUGCCUUAUCCUCACAACCACUACUUGGAUCAGCUGAAGCUUCACCCGAUGAAGUCCUCGACACAUUGGGAAAUAAGCUUCGAGCUGAUGCCAAUUACUACAUCAUUCCCACGGAGACAUUUACCAUAUGUGGCUUUGUUAGUUGUUUCAAUACUAGCGGAGGCGUUGCCCUUGAAGCUACCGGUGAAUCUUGCCCUCUUGAUGUAGUAGUUGUGAAACAAAAUCCAGGAUUACCGUUGAGGUUCACACCCGUUAACAACAAGAAAGGCGUUAUUCGUGUUUCUACUGAUCUCAACGUAAUGUUCUCUAAUGAAGCUUAUGAUUCUAGAUGUCCUCACCAUUCCUUAGUGUGGAAGAUUGAUCCUUUUUCCAAGGAAGAAACAUUUGUGACCACGAAUGGUGCAUUGGGCAACCCGGGUUCGCAAACAAUCGGAAAUUGGUUCAAGAUUGAGAAGUACGAUGAUGCUUAUAAGUUGGUCUAUUGUCCCAAUGUAUGUCCUUCUUGCAAGCAUGCAUGCAAAGAUAUUGGGUAUUAUGUGUAUAAGACUAGGGAAAUGCGUUUGGCUUUCACUAUUGUUCCAUUCAAAGUUAAGUUUCAAAAAACUCAUAAUUAA